AAACCUGAGGUGCUAAGAUGAGUCGGCGGCGCGUGGACUCCCAGGGGUCCCUGGGGCCUGACGAUGAGGUCAUGCCGUACAGUGACGACGAGACGGACGACGAAUUAGACAUUAGCUCCGAAGAAGAAGAAACCGAAGAAGCGCCAAGAGUCCCCCAGCCUCCGGUAGAAGUUAAACCGAGCGAGAUGAGUUGGAAGGUGAAAGCCAACGAUCGACCUUACCACCACCUGCCGGAGUUCCAGAAAAAAGUUUUCCUGUGCAUCAAGAAAAGCAAAUACUCUGGAAACGCGAUCAAGACGUACAAGUACAACUUCUUCACCUUCCUGCCCCUGAACCUGUACGAGCAGUUCAAGCGAGCUGCCAACCUCUACUUCCUGGCUCUGCUCAUCCUGCAGAUUAUUCCAGACAUCACCACUCUGCCCUGGUACACCACGCUGGUUCCUCUGGUGGUGGUGCUGGGAAUUACCGCCAUCAAAGACCUGGUGGACGACCUGGCUCGGCACAGGAUGGACAAGGAGAUCAACAACAGGAAGAGCGAGGUCCUGCUGGACGGCAGGUUUCAAGAGUCCAAGUGGAGGAACAUUGAGGUCGGAGAUGUGGUCCGUCUGAAGAAAAACGACUUUAUUCCGGCGGACAUCCUGUUGUUAUCCAGCACCAACCCAAACAGCUUGUGUUACGUGGAAACGGCCGAACUCGACGGAGAAACCAACCUGAAGUUUAAGAUGGGCCUCCGAGUGACGGAUGAGAGGCUGCAGGAGGAACGUCAGCUCGCUGAGUUCAACG